AAGACGGAAUUGAUGGACCUGAGGAAGGAUGGGUUCAUCAUCAAAAACACCAAUGGGGAGGUGGUCUUCAGACUGGCCUUCCAGUCGGGCACCCUCGACCUGGAGUCCUGCUCGAAAGAAGGGGAAAUUUUAACCUGCACCAGGUCAGACAGAGGGAAGCUGAAUUUCUUCAUUCAGACAGUCAAGCCCAAGGACACGGUGAUGUGCUACCGCGUCCGCUGGGAGGAGUUUGUGGCGGACACGGUGGUCGAGCACACCAUGUUUUGGGAGGACGCUCACUGGUACGGGGGCUGUGAAAUGAGCGUCCAGCACUGGCCAAUCAGACUCCCAGGGUACCAGGAGCCCAUGCCGUUUGUGACGAGUGACGUGUAUUCCUUCAGGGGCAGCUUUGGAGGCAUCUUGGAAAGGUACUGGCUGUCCUCGAAAGCGGCGGCUAUAAAGAUUAAUGACUCGGUGCCCUUCCACCUGGGGUUUAACGCCAGUGAACGGUCGCUCUUCUUUCAAGCCAGGUAUAAGGAUUCUCCCUACAAACCUCCCCUUGGGCAACAGCCUUUCCCGGAGCUGAGCUACCGUGUCUGCGUCGGCUCGGAUGUGACCUCCAUUCACAAAUACAUGGUGCGCAGGUACUUUAACAAGCCUUCUAAGAUCCCAGCAGAAAACGCCUUCCGGUACCCCAUCUGGUCUACGUGGGCUCUGUAUAAAAAUGAUAUUGACCAGGAUAAGCUGUUGCGUUUUGCAGAAAAGAUUAAAAAGUACCGGUUUAAUUGCAGCCAUAUUGAAAUCGACGACACCUACACACAAACUUAUGGCGAUUUUGACUUUGAUCCGGUAAAGUUCCCUAAUGUGACAGAAAUGUUCAAAACGCUGAAAAAAGAGGGAUUUAAAGUUACCCUGUGGACUCAUCCCUUUAUAAACUACAAUUCUUCCAAUUUUGGAGUGGGGAUAGAGCGGCAGCUCUUUAUCAAGGAGCCGACGGGGAAACUUCCUGCGAUGGUGAAGUGGUGGAACGGCAUUGGCGCCAUAUUGGAUUUUACCAAUCCCACAGCCAGGGAGUGGUUUCAGAGCCACCUGAAACAACUGCGGUCGAAGUACGGCAUAGCGUCCUUUAAAUUUGACGCUGGUGAGGUGAGCUACCUUCCAAAGCAGUUCAGCAGCUUCAGGCCCUUGUCGGAUCCCAGCAUCUGGUCCAGACGGUACACGGAAAUGGCCAUUCCGUUCUACGAGCUCGCUGAAGUCAGAGUCGGCUACCAGUCUCAAAACAUCUCGUGCUUCUUCCGUAUCAUCGACCGCGACUCGGUUUGGGGCUAUGAGCUUGGCCUCAAGUCCCUGAUCCCUACCGUGCUCACCAUUAGCAUGCUGGGAUACCCUUUCAUAAAAACUGAAAUGAUUGGUGGGAAUUUUUUCCCCAACAAGACAGAAGGUGCUGUUGAAAUCCCGGACCAGGAGCUGUACAUCCGCUGGCUGGAGCUUUCAGCCUUCAUGCCCUCUAUGCAGUUCUCCAUACCCCCCUGGCUCUAUGACAAGGAAGUGAUUGAGAUUGCACAGAAGUUCACAGAGCUGCAUGAGUCCCUGGUUGCCCCUCUGCUGUUGGAGCUGGCUGGAGAGGUCACUGACACGGGCGACCCCAUCAUACGGCCCAUCUGGUGGAUUUCUCCCAGGGAU